AUGGUUCCUACCAGUUCACCUUUCCAGAGGUGGAUACUGGAAGAACAUGUGUCGACGGUCAAAAUUCCGGCACACAUCACUUACGAUGGUACUUCGGAUCCGAAGGACCACAUAGCCUCUUACGAGGGGCAUAUGUACCUUAACCUCAGGUCCAAAGCUACCUGGUGCAAAUACUUCCCCACAACCCUUAAAGGUGUUGCACAGUCGUGGAUCACCAAAGGGUUGAAGGAAGGCUCUAUAACAGGUCGGAGUCAUCUCGCCAACAAGUUCAAGAGCAAAUUUUCCACGGCUAACCGCCGAGAGAAAACCACUGCAGAGCUUAUGGGCCUGCAGCAAGCGGAAGACGAAAGUCUCCGAGAUUACUUGACUCGCUUCAGCAACGAGUCGUCCAGAAUCACAAGUCUGGACCAAAGCCUAGCCGUAUUUGCACUACGGAACGACCUACAAGCUGAAAAGUUUCUGGAUUUCAUGGUCAUGCAUCCCCCGCAGACCUUGGAAGAAACCCUCGAUGCUUCGGAUAAAUUCAUCCGAGCCGAGGAAUGGAACAAGGCCAAGCUGCAAUCUCAAUCAGGGCUUGCCAAGCCAAAUGGGCAUCCAGCCGAAGUUCCAGGGUCGAGGAAAGGGAAGGCGAAAAUCUCAGAACCUCCCUCGGCCACUGAGCCGAAAAAGGACAAGGCUCCCUAUCUGGGAAAAUUUGAAUCUUACACCCCUCUCACCUUACCACGUACUAAGAUCUUUAGUGCGACGAGAGAAGAAGGAAGAUUCAAGAAACCAAAGCCGCCUCCUUGGCAUCAGAAGAAAGGGAAGGAUCAUUGGUGCGAGUUCCACAAAUCCCGUGGACAUCGCACCGAGGAUUGCCUUCAGCUGAAGGACCAGAUUGAAGAGCUAGUCCAGAAAGGGUAUUUAAAGAAAUAUGUAGCGGAGUGCCGCGAAGAAAAGAAAGCUGAGAGAGAUUCUCGGCAGGAUCUGGAUUACCACCGGAAAAGGGAUAAACCUCCCGAGGGGGGAAAUCAUGACAUCCUAACCAUUUCUGGGGGUAUUUCUCGUAAUGCACUGAAGCGCCAUCUGAGGGGGCUGACCCAUCAGAUUCAUCAUGCCGAAUUCCAAAAGCCGCGGUCUCCGGUGCCGAACAUGAUGUUCACAUCCGAAGACUGCAGGGGGGUGGUAUACCCCCAUGAUGACCCAUUGGUUAUCAUGACGAGCAUUGCAAACCACAACGUCUAUCGGACACUGGUAGACGGUGGCAGCGGGGCGAAUAUACUUUUCCGAAAGGCAUUCGACCAGCUGAAGUUGGAGAGCAGGCACCUAACUCUAGUUCCCUACCCGGUAACUGGAUUCAACGGUUCUUCUUCAUAUCCAGAUGGGAAAAUUCUUCUUCCCGUCAGCCUCGGCCAAGAACGAGCAAGGCGAAGCAUCAUGGCCGAAUUCUUGGUCAUUGACGCCCCAUCAGUGUACAACGUCAUUAUGGGGAGACCCCUCAUCCAUGAUGUUCAAGGAGUUUUCUCGACGUAUCAUCAAGCAAUGACCUACGUUUCAGACGAAGGACGCUCUGAAAAAAUCUUGGGCAGCCAAAGAGAGGCCCGAGAAUGCAAUUUCCUCAAACCAUCCAAGAGUCGCCGCAAUGACAAGGAUGAUGAGAAAGAAAAAGAGAAAGAAAAAGAGCGAGGUACCAAAAGGCCGAAGGGCCUAAGUGCUUCAGCCCAGGGAUCCCCAUCUAAAAGAACAUCUUUGGGGACUGGAAAGGCUAGUUCUUCAGCUGGGCCGAAAGACUCGGAAGAAGAUCAGCCGAAGCAAGGAAGGUCUGCUGAUAUUGACAGUAGGCCCGAACCAGAAGAGCCUGGCUCCAAAGCAAUGGAGUCAGAUGAAAAAACUGAAUCAAUACCGUUGACCGAAGGAGAUACCGAAAAAUGUGUCAGCAUCGGACUAGGGCUCGAUCCGAGUCUCCGGGUUGAGUUAAUCCAACUCCUUCGGAACAACCGAGAUGUGCAUUCUCAGCAUCUGACAUGCCAGGGAUUGAUCCGAACCUUAUCUCUCACAAGCUUAAUGUCGACCCAACAUGUCGGCCAGUUAAGCAAAAGAAGCGGAAUUAUUCCGCUCAAAAGAACCAAGACAUCGCGGCCGAAGUAA